UGCAAUUUUGCAAGUGCGGUUUGCAUCUAUGAUUCAUAACAUGCAAUUUGUUAGUCAAUUAGAGAUAAAGUGGUAGAUAAGAUUUAUACAUUAUGAGAAAAUGCGGAAAUUAAAAAAUGUUACUCCUGAUAAACUUACAAUCAUAUAUUGUUGAUUAUUAUUCUAAGCAAAAAGCAUUGAAUAUCAUGGAGGAUAAAUCUACAAAUCAACAUCUACAAGUGGCAAAAAGUAAAUUUGUUCAUAUAAUUCAAAGACCAGAAAGUGUACCGCCACCACCGAUUGGACCAGAUAGGCUACCCUUUCCUUUUCCAGUUUAUGAAAAUCCAGAUUAUACACAAGAUAGUGUGGAAUCACUGCUAGAACAACUGCCUACAAAAGAUGUUAAAAAUAUUUGUUUAAACCUCAAAAUUGAAGCCAACACUACCAAAUAUAAGAUGAUAGAAUCUUUAUUACAUAGAUGUAGACGGCAGCCCACCCUUCGCGGUAUUAAGUCUACGAGUAAUAUUAUCUUGGAAGAAAUAAUCAAGAAGAUGGGGAUGUAUGCUGUAAGGAUUAACGACUCAUUUAGAAAACAUAUUAAUCACGUUUACCUAUUAGCAACAUUCACUAAUACAAGAUUUCAAAACAUUGAAGAUUUCCUACAAAGGGAUUUAAAACGCGAUUUUCCAGAUUUCGAACCUGAAAACUAUAAAGUUUUCAGUGAUAGAGAAGAAUUUCUGAGAUAUGCAGAUGCAUGUGAGCUCAAAAAAACUGUAGAAGCGACUAAAGCUCAUGAUACUUUACUACUACAAGAAAUUGGCAAGAACGUUCAUGAAACUUUAAAGACUUUGAAACGAACUAACGACGAAAUAUAUCUCAACGCACCACAUCUAAAACGUUUUACUGCCGAGUCAGUAUACUGUGGAAUUUUAACCAAUAUUUGUGAAACAUUAAAAACCAAAUACGCCGACAAAGUCCAAGAAUUUUUAAAAUUUCUGAUCGAAAAUUUUCCACGGUCGCACAGAAUCGGUACUUGGUAUAUACUUUUGUGUGACAUAUUUAUUUCCCGCAAUUUGUCAAAAGAAGCUGUGAAUACUAUUAUAACAGCACUCAGUACUAAAAAAGAAUAUAUUUUGGAGUAUCAGAUUUAUGAAUUUGCACAUAAGGCGCAACGAAUAAAAAAACGUAGAAGCGUUGAUCAAUAUUAUCAUGAUCAACUUGUGGGAUUAUUAGUUGAUCCUAUUCAUUUAGAAUACUUUCCCCAAGAUGUUGUAGAUUCCAAAGCAAUUAGGAUUGACCAACCUGGGAGAAAGCGACUCUAUGAAAUACACAAUUCAGAUGGUAGUAAAACCUAUAAAACUGUAGAACAAGUUGCACAAGACUAUUAUGUUGAAACAUGUGGUUAUACCGAUGGCAUACAUUGUGAAGGCAAUGUUAUAAUGAAUUCGUUCACGCUUUUCUUCUGGGAAAUUAUUUAUAGCCAAAAUCCGAUCAUCCCGGGUACUUUUGUAUCUAAAUAUCAAGAAGUACCCCUUGAUAUGUAUACCACUGAUUUCUACAAAAAUCGGAAACAACUAAUUGACCAAAGAUUGAAGGAUAUAGCUGAAGGUUGGACAUAUAAAGAACAUAUUCAAAACGCUACAGAGUACUGGUAUAAAUAUUCACACUUAUCAGGAUUGUGUGGUCCAAUAUGUGAGACUCUAGAUAUCAAAUUCCUUAAAAUAAUUGUGGAUUGCAUCGGAAGAAAAAUACUCUCUAAAAUUUAUGAAAGACUGGUUAAAGAUAUACAUCAGUACCAAAGUGGAAUGCCAGAUUUGUUUUUAUGGAAUGUAGACGAAAAAAAGGCCAAAUUUGUUGAGGUUAAAGGGGAAAAAGAAAGACUCUCGAUGAAGCAGCAAUUGUGGUUGAAGUAUUUAGUGGAGAUUGGAGCAAACGUAGCAGUUUGUCACGUACAUUCUAGAGGAUCUAAGAGAAAAUUGGACGAUAACGAAAUGACCACUAACGAACAUACCAAUAACACAACCGACAAAAUCAAUAAAUAAAGUAAGAAAAAAGAAGAAUAUUCAUAUAAUUUAUUACGCACUUAUUGUUAUUCAGAUAUUUCAUUUAAUGUCUGAAUUGGAAAAAAGUGGAAAACAUAUAAAGUGACUAGUUAAACCAAUGAUAUAAAAAGGGCACAUUGCAUGACAUUGUUAAUUAUAUAACGAUAUGUACAAAAUGGGUUUGAACACUAGAAUAUGUUUAAAUAUUGUAUAUCGUGAUGUGUCAUGACUUCUUUGGCAUAUCGCAUUUUUGAUAAUUUUAGUGCUUCAACCUUCAGGCUGUGAUGUUCGCUAUUUUUUAAGUAUUUUAAAUUUAAAUAAUAUUACGUGUAGUCGAACCACUGAGAGAAUAUCCAUGCGACACGGACAUGCAUUAUUUCUUUUCUAAAGUCCGUUGCACGUCAUCAGUGAGAUUUUUUUAUUCAAUUUACCGAAAAAUCAUUUGUUUGUUACUCAAAACCAAUAAUUUACAUUAUAUAGCAUUAACAGGUUGACUGCCAAGCUUAUUUAGUACUAUUUGCCAUUAUGUAUUUGUGAUCCAUAUUGGUACAUAGCACUAUUUGCCAACAGCAAAGGUUAGAUUAAUAAUAUAAGUAACAAUAAAGUGUAUGUGAACACAUACCUAAAUUGGAUAAAAAGGCCAAAGAAAGUGUAUUUAUUGACAAAGAAAUACUAAAAUAAAUAAAAAGUGCCUAAAUUACCAUAUCAAUUUGAUACAAAGAAGCAAUGUCAUUACGAAAUAUGUAGAAGUGAUAUACACGCUGUAAAUCAAUUAUAGGCAAUAUAUAUUAUUUUAUAAAUUUUCUAAAGCCUUUAUUUUUUUAUAAACAAUGAUAUUUCUUUAUUAAAUAAAUAUAUUUAAUAAAU